AUGGAGGCUGCCCCUGGGGUCAGAUCCAGCCUCUGGGGGACCCUGCUGGUGGUGCUGAAGCUCUCCAUGCUGCUGGUCCAGAACCGGGUCCACCUCUACCACGUCCUGCUCCUCAAGAUCACCCUCUUCAACCGCUGGCUGUCGGGGCUGAGCCAGGAGGCCCAGGGCUCCCACCCGCCCGCCAAGAUCACAGCCUGCCCUGUGGGCCGGGCUCUGCGGGCUGGGCUGGCCCUGAUAGAGGUUCCCAGGGGGCUGGUGCUUCGGGCACCCAGGCUGGCGUGGGCGGGCAUGCUGGGCUGGGCCCGGGCCUUGGGCAUGGCCCCGAAGCGGCUGGGUGCCUGGGAGCAGCUGGGUCUUUCCGCAGCCACCUGGACGGAUGUGCUCCUGUCAUGUGUGCACAGCCUGAUGCUGGCUGCCUUGCUGCUGCUGCUGCUGAUCUGGAGGUUGUGCCACAAAGCCCAGUGCUGCAGCCUGGGCCGGCUGCUCAGGAAGGCUCUGCUGGAGAACCGCGUGGUGCUGGGGUUACUGGCACCGCUGAAGCGUCUGUACUGGUGGGUGGAGAGCCUGACAGCGCUCACCUCCUGGCACCUGGCCUACCUCGUCACCUGGACCACCUGCCUCACCUGCCACCUGCUGCAGGCUGCCUUCGAGCACACGGUGCAGCUGGCGCAGGCCCAGGAGGCUGAGCCCCAGAAGGCCUCCUCAGGGCUCUUGCUUGAGUCCCUGCUGCCUGAGCCCCUGGCCCCUGAGGCUGGGCCGGUCCUGCCAGAGCCUGGAACUCCUGGAGAGUAA